AUGAGUGACCCUUCACAAAGCUACGACCCAAGAGUUGCUUCCACCUUGUACGAUACCUUCGGAGACUAUAUAGGGAAACCAGGCGCUUUAGGUGAAUGCUCAUGCAACAACAGCCUCAACGUUUUUCUUGGAUUGAUGUUAUUCAAUGUGAUGUUAUACUUAUCCUACGUCGUUGGUAAAAAGGAAAUCCUCCAAAAACUUAAAUACCACGGAUAUUACUAA